UUUCCUGGGGGUAACCCUCCGAUUUCCCGAUUUCUUUUUUCGCGAGACGCCUCCUCGACGCCACCAAAAUAAAAUCGAAUGCGCGGUCCUUCGUUGCUCUAUUUGCAGUCUGUACAGGAGACGCGCGCUAUGAACAUGCACAUUCGGAGUCUGCUAGUGAGGGAACUCAUCAAUGAGUUCAUUGGAACUAUGCUGCUCAUUUUGAUCGGCGAUUCUAUCAUGGCCAUUCUGAUCGCGGGCCGUCAAGAACACAAUGCCCACGUGAUCGGUCCCAUUGGAUGGGGUACAGCCAUUUUUUGUGCGGUCUUUGUAGCGGGAGGAGUGUCCGCGCACAUCAACCCCGCCGUUACACUGGCCUUCGCUUCUGUCAAAGAAUUUCCCGUGAGAAAAGUGCCCUUAUUCUGGCUCGCACAAUACCUGGGCGCUUUUGUGGGUGCGGUACUCGUGUACGUCAUCUAUAGAGACGCCAUCAACCUCUUUGACGGUGGAGUCCGUUCUGUGGUUGGACCAACUGGUACAGCUCCCAUAUUUUCCACCUACCCACGGGAAGGUGUCUCCACUCUGACCUGUUUCUUCGAUCAGGUCAUUUCGACGGGUGUCCUAACCCUAACCGUGGCAGCGAUAGUGGAUGAGCGAAACUUUCAUGUUCCCAAACCCCUUCUCCCUCUCAUGUUUGGCAUAUUGAUCAUCGCCGAGAUUUUCGCCUUCUCUUACAACUGCAUGGCGCCCCUGAAUCCAGCCAGGGAUAUUGGGCCGAGGAUUUUCACUGCCAUCGCUGGAUGGGGCUCUGAGGUGUUCAGCUUCCGCAACUACCAGUGGGUGUGGGUGCCUAUCUUUGGUCCUCACAUCGGUGGCAUCGUCGGCAUCUGGAUAUACAAGCUCUGCAUAAGGGACCAUUGGCCAGCAGAAACGACACCACAAGUCAUCUCAUCAACAUCAAAUGGUGACAACGGAGGCAAGAUCGUCGACAAGGACCAAAGCAACAUUUAGGUGCAUAACUAGAGAGAUUUAUUUUGCGAGGGACAUUGCAAUACAACAGCUGCAUGGUAGCUUAACAGGACCGGACCACGAAAUUAUCCAAAUUAAAGGAAAGGUAACCGCCUAACUUUUUGUCCAUAGAACUGCUUACCGUCGAAGCGCUCGAGUCGAACAAAUGUUGUUAUUUUGUCACUCUAUUUCUCGGUUGUUGCUAAUAUAGCAGCUGAUACAAAACACUGCGUUGGUUUAUGUCUGCAUAAAAAUAAAGAAAGAUUACACACUCGUAAA